UAUAUAUAUUAAUAUCGGUCCCGUGACUUGAAUAGAAUUUUUGUUACUAAUGCCGUAAUGUUAUGUAAAUGUGGGAGUGUUUAACAUUACAGCUGACUUUGUAGACUGCAGGGUGGGAGAGGCAACAAUGGCCUUGAAAACAGCAGGAAGUGUGGUGGUGGUCUUUCUCUGGUCUGUAGCAGUGGUACUGGGUCAGGAUGGCUGGAGUGUGAAAUACACCACUCAGAGUAUCUGUGUCUUGAAGGGGUCUACAGUGAACAUAUCCUGCUCUUACACAUAUCCCAGUGGUUAUACAGUCACAACAACCUUCUGGUUCACUAAGUAUAAUGCUGUGGGUCCUGUUAGUUUGAGUGAUGACACAGACUACAACGGACGUGUGACAUACCGUGAGGAUAAAGAGAAUGGUCACACCCUGACAAUCACAGACCUGAGAGAGAAAGACUCAGCUACGUACAUGUUCAGAUUUACAGAUCAGACUGGGAAAUGGAGAUAUACUGGCAAACCUGGAGUCACUCUGUCUGUCACAGGUCUUCAGGUGAAGGUGACUGGUGGACAUCAGGAUAAGACACUGACCUGUAGCACCACCUGUACUCUGACUGACAACCCCACCUACAUCUGGUACAAGAACGGACAACAUCUAGAUGAGAGCACCUCCCCCCAGUACAAAGACCCAGUCUCCAGUAACUAUGAAGAUGGCUACUCCUGUGCUGUAAAAGGCCAUGAGGAUUUCCUCUCUCCUGCAGUGUGUGUCCAGGGUCAGGACUGCAACAGAGUGACUUACAACAAGAGGACAAUCUGUGCCUUGAAGGGGUCAACAGUGAACAUUUCCUGUACUAAUUUCAGUCUUUAUAAUAUCACAUCAUCACUCUGGUUUAGUCCAAAACAGAGUGACAGCUGGAGGGAUGAGUUGAUCCCUGAGGACCUAACCACAGACCCAGGGUAUGCAGGUCAUGUGGAGUAUGUUGGAGAGAAGGAGAGAGGUCACUACACCCUGAGAAUCACAGAUCUGAGAGAGGAGCACUCUGCUGAGUACAAGUUCAUAUUCAACACACAGACAUCAAGAUGGGGAUACAGUUUCCCUGGAACAACUCUGACUGUCACAGACCUGCAGGUGAAGGUGACUCCUGCCACAGAGGCAGGGAAGAGGACACUGACCUGUAUCACCACCUGUACUCUGACUGACAACCCCACCUACAUCUGGUACCAGAACGGACACAAAGUAAAGGAGGACACUUCCAGCCUGGACUCAGACUCCUUUAGUGAUGCAGACAGUUACUCCUGUGCUGUAAAAGGCCGUGAUGAUCUCCUCUCUCCUGCAGUGUGUCAGAAGUGUUGGAGUGUAACUUACACCCAUCAGAGUAUCUGUGCCUUGAAGGGGUCAACGGUGAACAUAUCCUGCUCUUACACAUAUCCCAGUAAUCAUGAGAUCAAAACAGCUUUCUGGCUUACUAAAUGGUCUGGUAAGGAGGCUGAAGAUCUGAGCUCAGUGCCAGGGUAUGAGGGUCAUAUAGAGUACCUUGGGGAUAAGGAGAGUGACUGUACCCUGAGAAUCACAGACCUGAGAUUGAGUGACUCUGCUGGGUACAGGUUCAGAUUCAUAACAUCUGGAGAGAAAUUUCAUGGCUCACCUGUCCCCCUGACUGUCACAGAUCUUCAGGUAAAGAUUACAACUUCACUGUUUUCAAGCUGGGUGACUCUGACCUGUAGCACCACCUGUACUCUGACUGACAACCCCACCUACAUCUGGUACAAGAACGGACACAAAGUAAAGGAGGACACUUCCAGCCAGUACUCAGACUACCUUAGAGACCCAGACAGUUACUCCUGUGCUGUAAAAGGCCAUGGGUACCUCCACUCUCCUGCAGUGUGUGUCCGUGGUCAGAACUGUUGGAGUGUGACUUACCCCCAUCAGGGAGUCUGUGCCUUGAAGGGGUCAACAGUGGAUAUAUCCUCCACGUAUGACAUUGGUGAUGAUACGAUCACAUCAUCACACUGGUUUAGUUCUAAACAGAGUUCCAGCUGGAAGGAUGAGUUGGUCCCUGAGAACCUAACCACAGACCCAGGGUAUGCAGGUCGUGUGGAGUAUGUUGGAGAGAAGGAGAGAGGUCGCUCCACCCUGAGAAUCACAGAUCUGAGAGAGGAGGACUCUGCUGAGUACAAGUUCAUUUUCAACACACAAACCUCAGGAUGGGGGUACAGCUUCCCUGGAACAACUCUGACUGUCACAGGUCUUCAGGUGCGGAUUGAGGAUCCAACCAACAUCAUAGAGGGAACGUGUCUUUGUCUGUUCUGUGAGUCCAUAUGCUUUCUGCAGGACAACCACUCUUACAUCUGGUACAAGAACGGACAACGUCUGAUCAGGCAUGAGACCAAGUACCUGUACCUAAAGCCAGUCAGCAGUGAGGAUACAGGCAGAUACUCCUGUGCUGUAGAAAACUAUGAGGAUCUCCACUCUCUCGAAGAGACUCUCACUGUCAGAUAUAAACCAAAGAACACCUCAGUGUCAGUCAGUCCCUCUGGUGAAAUAGUGGAGGGCAGUUCAGUGACUCUGACCUGCAGCAGUGAUGCCAACCCACCUGUGGACAAAUACACCUGGUACAAGAAGAACGUAACCUCACCAAAAGCAUCAGGACAGAGUUACAGCAUCACUAACAUCAUCUCUGAGGACAGAGGAGAAUAUUACUGUGAGGCUGAGAAUAAAUAUGGACGUCUCAACUCUUCUUCUGUGUCUGUGGACGUUCAGUAUACUACAACAUUGUUUCUCUGGGUUCCUGUGAUGGGGGUGGGGGCUGCCCUGACUGUUGGAGCUCUUCUAGUCACCAUCUACUGCUAUAUGAAGAGGAGACACACAGGAGGAAGUGAUGCCACAUCAGACACACAGAGUGUCCAUCCAGAUCCUAACAGUGACAUGUACACAGCUCUGAACAUGAAAACCAGGCCACCAGAGUAUGACACCCUGGCAAAUGUGAGGGGACUCCCCAGUGACACAGCCCCUCAAAAUAGAUCCUUAGCUCUCCAUUUAUGAGAAAUGAAGAGAACCACCACAGAACCUAGACUGAAGAGAAGCACCACAGAACCUGGACUGAAGAGAAGCACCACAGAACCUAGACUGAAGAGAACCACCACAGAACCUAGACUGAAGAGAACCACCACAGAACCUGGACUGAAGAGAACCAUCACAGAACCUGGACUGAAGAGAACCACCACAGAACCUGGACUGAAGAGCAACAGCAUCAAACCAAAGCUAGGCCUCAGAAUGUUAUUCUCUUACUAUCAUUAUGCUUUCUAAUCUAGAAGGUUUGAGACAAUGAGCUUUAACUUUUGAGUAAAUGCUGGAAUUUAGAUUAUUCUCCUAAUGAUAAAUACAGUAUGUGCACUAUCGUUCAAAAGUUUGGGGUCACUUAAAAUGUCCUUGCAUUUUUUUUGUCCAUUAAAAUAUAAUCAAAUUGAUCAGAAAUGCAGUGUAGACAUUGUUAAUGUUUUAAAUGACUAUUGUAGCUGAAAAUGGCAGAUUUUUUUGUGGAAUAUCUACACAGGCGUGCAGAGGCCCUUUAUCAGCAACUAUCACUCCUGUGUUCCAAUGGCACACUGUGUUAGCUAAUCCAAGUUUAUCAUUUUAAAAGGCUAAUUGAUCAUUCGAAAAUCAUAUUGCAAUUAUAUUAGCACAGCUGAAAAUGGUUGUGCUUGCUGAUUUAAAGAGGCAAUAAAACGGGCCUUCUUUAGAUUAGUUGAGUAUCUGGAGCAUCAGCAUUUGUGGGUUCGAUUACAGGCUCAAUGUUGCAAUUUAUCUAUUACAGACACUCCGUUUUCAACUUAUCUGUUUUCUAUCUAUUGAUUGUAUUGGUUUUUUUCUAUGGGAUUUUGCCAAUUCCAGAUUUUUACAACAUAUAAAGUUAUGUCUUGUCUUAGUGACACAAAAAUGAAUUAUAUUGACAAGAGAUUUUAAAUAUUUGUAUCUCUGGAGUUGUUCCUGAUGUGUUAAAAUAUGUUUUACUUUGUAUUGCUGUCAGUCAUUACUGGUCAUUUUAUAUUUUAUAUUAUGUAAUACCAUAUUGUUCAGUGUCAUGAUAUUCCUUGUUUUAUUAUCACAUUAUUCAUUCUUACAUAUUUUAGACACAUUGAAUACAGUAUAAGCAUUAUGUUGUAAAUAAGCUCAAAUGUAGACAAUAAAAAGACAACAAAUAAAUGGAAUAUUUUGUUACUUUACAUUGAA